AUGGAUUCCCUGGUGAACAGUAACCACACUGUAGUGACAGAGUUCAUUUUAUUGGGAGUAACAGAUGAUCCAGUCCUUCAGGUCAUCCUCUUCGUGAUCAUCCUGUGCUUCUACCUGGUGACCGUAUUUGGCAAUCUCGGCACAAUCAUCCUGAUCAGAAUCUCCCCUCAGCUCCAUCAUCCCAUGUACUUUUUUCUUACCCACUUGGCUCUGGUUGACAUAGGGUUUUCAUCUAAUGUCACACCUAAUAUGCUUGUAAAUUUCUUGGUGGAAAGAAACACAAUCUCCUACAUUGGAUGUUCCAUUCAGCUUGGUGCAGCUGCUUUCUUUGGGACAACAGAGUUUUCCCUUUUGGCUGCCAUGGCGUAUGAUCGCUUUGUGGCCAUCUGCAACCCACUGCUUUAUUCAGCCAAAAUGUCCACUCAAGUCUGUGUCCAGCUUCUCCUUGUUGCUUAUGUAGGUGGUUUUCUUAAUGCUUGUUCUUUUACUAUUUGCUUUUAUCCUUUACUCUUCUGUGGGCCAAAUAAAGUUAAUCACUUUUUCUGUGAUUUUGCCCCUUUAAUUGAAAUUUCCUGUUCUGAUAUUCAUUUGUCCACAAUUGUUACUUCAAUUUCUACUGGCUCCAUUGUUGUUGUCACAGUGUUUAUCAUAAUUGUCUCCUACAUCUACAUCCUCGUCACCAUCCUGAAGAUGAACUCCACAGAGGGGCGCCACAAAGCCUUCUCCACUUGCACAUCCCACCUCACUGCAGUCACUCUGUUCUAUGGGACUGUUACAUUCAUUUAUGUGAUGCCUGAGUCCAACUAUUCAACUGACCAGAACAAGGUGGUGUCUGUGUUCUACACGGUGGUCAUACCCAUGUUGAACCCCCUCAUUUACAGUCUGAGGAAUAAGGAGAUUAAGGGAACUCUGAAGAGACAGCUUGGUAAAAAAAUAUUUUUUUAUUGA